AUGACCUCCGAGCCCGAGUCGUGCAUCGACGACACACAUUUUAUGGGCGACGAUGACGAGAUGCCGGAUAUGGCACUGCUCCGUGUUCUCGGUGCGAACACGCUCUUCACCGACUCCUUCAAGACGUUCGCCUUCCUCCACGCACUUUUCGGUGUUUUUGAUCAUCUCCAGCGUGUCGACGAACCGGGAAGUAAAGAUUUCACCCAGAAAACCACC